AUGCAUCCCGAUGGAACAGCUCAUGGGGGAAGUGGCAUUUUAGUUAAAACAAAUAUAUUACACUUUGAAAUGCAACAAUACCGCACUGAAGAGAUUCAAGCAACCAGCAUAUCAACAAAAGAUUGGUGUGGCUCAAUCACAAUAACAUCAGUGUACUGUCCACCAAAACACGCAACUAAGACGGGGGGUGAAAUAUCAACUUUGCAACCAAUUCAGGCUGGAGUGCCACAAGGCAGUGUCUUGGGACCAGUGUUAUACUUACCCUUCACUAACGACUUGUCUACCACCGUUGGUACUGAGAUUGGAACUAUUGCCGAUGAUACUGUGGUAAUUGCUACAGACGAAAAUCACCAGGCUGAUGAAAAUGAAAUAAAUUAUCGAGAAGAAGGCGGAUAUGAAAAAUAUUUACUUAAUAAUAUAAAUUAUAGCAACAAUGGUGUUUUACAAAAAGAUUUACUUUUAAAUGAAAUUCACCAAAAUAUAAAAAGACACAUAAAAAAUUCUAAUAUUCUUGAUACAGAUUUGUUGCAAAAUACUAUAUUGCAGAAUGAAGCUAACAAUCUGAGCAGUGCUAAUAAUAUUUUUCUGGAGAGUAGCAAUAAUAUAUUUCACAGUAAUUUUAGGAUUAAUCGAGAAAAUAAUAGAUCUGACAUAUUUGAAAAAAAGAUUGCUUUGACUUCAAAGAACAAGCAAAAUAUAUUUAAAAUUAAAUAUUGUAAAAUUAAUAACACAAGGAGUAGAAUACAAAUUUUUGAAGAAGAAAAAAAUAGUAGCAGUCAUAGUAGCAACAGCAGUAGCAGUUGCGAUGUCACUGGUGACAACAGUGCUGUAAAUGGAUUUGGUGUUGGUGAUAUUUUUAACAUAUACAAUAACGACUAUGCUAUGCCAAGCUCACUAAAAUCAUCUUUUAAUACAUCAAAUAAUUUUCUUGAUUCUACAGUUAUAAAAGGAAUUAAAUCUAGUUAUUCAAAUGGCAAAAUUUUAAGUAAAUAUAAUAUAGAAACUUCUAAGGACGACACAGAUGAUUUUAUUGACAAAGUGGUACAAAAAAAGAAUGAUAUUAUAACUAUUAAAACCUCUAAUGUAAACAACGCACAUAUUCAACCAAUUUUAUCGGAAGCAUAUGUCUAUAAUUAUUUUAAAGACAUAAAUACAGAAAAUAAUAUUUGUGUACAAAAUAGUUCUGAAGCACUACUAGCACAACCUGGCGCAGAUUUAAGUGACUUUCGUUUGAAAGUAAACAGUAAAUUUGAAAAAGUCAGUAACCUUAAUUUCUUGAAGAGUAAUUUAAAAACAUCAAAUAAUUCUUUUGCUUGUAUGGAGAAUACGGAACGUGACCAUUUAUACUCCAAUGCAAUUAAUGAAUCAUGUAAUAUGGAAGGUGACAUAAAUAGUAACAUUCAUGGU